CGGCAGCCAUCUGACGACACAGCGGUUUGAACCAUUCGGUCGCUGGUCGCUCGCUGUCUUCGGUUAGAGAGCGCAGAAUACAUCGUAGCCAUCAGUCACAGAUCUACUAGCCUGUAGUGUUUCCAUCAGUCCCUGAUCUACCGAUCUACUAGCCUGUAGUGUUGCCAUCAGUCCCUGAUCUACCGAUCUACUAGCCUGUAGUGUUGAGAUCGUCAUGGACUCCAGCAUGUCUAAACGUACCAGAACACCAAGCGAUAAAAGCAACAAAGCCGUUGCAUGUGAUGCUGAGAUGGAAUACUUUUGGAGCAUGGAGCUGAAUGCCAGCAACAAGACGUACACCUGGAUGGUCAGCAACCAAGACUUGGACGACGAUGACGAGGACUUCAUAGAGCACACGGUCUUCUUAAAACUGGCUUGUCUGGGGGCCACUGCCGUGCCCAAAGAACAAAACGUUGUAAUGCUGGAGUCACUAGGAGGCGAUGGCGAGGUGAAGAAAGGCGUUAUAGUGAACCUAACUAGAGGAGAGUCAAAUAUGACUCAGCUAGAUCUGACGAUUGCUGGGAAAGUUGGCGCCACAUUUACACUGGUUGAAGGUUCAGGACCAGUCUUCAUUUCUGGAAAUCAUCUUCUCGAAUAUCCCAAGGAUGAAGACUUGUUUGAUCAGAGCCAAACGGAAUCUGAGGUGUCAGAAGAGGAGGGUGAAGAAGAAGAGGAGGAAGAAAAUGUUGAAGAGGAGAACGGGAAGAAAUCCAGUAAAAGAAAGGCCAGUGUUACCAAGCCGACAAAACAAAAGAAACCUAAGAUGGAUGUGGAUGAUGAGGAUGACGAUGAGGAAGAAGAGGAUGAAGUUGAAGAAGAUGAUGACGAUGAGGACGAUGAAGAUUACGAAGAGACAGUGAUGGUCAAGAAAGGCAGAAAAGGCAAAGACAAUGGCGCCAAGAAGGCAGAGAAAGUCAAGGCUAAACCGGUGAAAGAAGUGAAAGAGGUGAAAAAAGUUGUCAAGAAAUCCAAGAAAUAAACUUGUGAUGUUAUUGUCACGAAAUCCAAGAAAUGUAAUGUUAUUGUCAGCCAGCGGUGAACUGUUGGAAUAAAUUGGUUUGGAAGAAUU